CCGCGAUCUGUGGGAGCCGGGGGUGGAGAAAAAAAGGCGAAAAGCGUGAGAAGCGACGACGCCAAGGCAAAGGCGAAAACACCGUCGCAUGCCCAUUUCUCUUCUCCUCCGGUAUUCCUUAAAAAAGCCCCUUUUUAUUGCUUUCACUCGCUUCGAUUCCUUCUCCCGUCACAAACCCCACCUCAAGCCCCAACACACUCUCUCUCAUGAUUAGAAGAAGAAAUCACAGCAUCCCCUCUUCUCCCUCUCUCCGUCCUCAAGACCUCUUCUAGGGUUUGGGUCCGGCCGUCCCACGGUCUUCGUCGUUUUGUCUCGUGUCGUCUUGUCUCCAUGUCGUCGUCUUCGUCGGCGCCGGCGCCGGCGCCCAAGAUCUGCUUCAACUCCCACUGCAAGGAGCCGAAAUCGGAGGGCCCUCGGAGGAAAGGGUGGCGGCUCCGCUCCGGCGAGUUCGCCGACCUCUGUGAUCGCUGCUUUUCCGCGUAUGAUCAAGGAAGUUUCUGUGAAACCUUUCACUCGGAUGCUGCUGGUUGGAGGAGUUGCGAGACCUGUGGAAAGAGACUGCAUUGCGGAUGCAUAGUAUCAGUCUCUGCUUUUGUGCUUCUUGAUGCUGGAGGAAUUGAGUGCUUUGCGUGCGCCAGAAAAUCUGUUGUAAUGCCUCAGGCACCAAAUCAGAUGUGGCCAUCUCCUUUGGUCAAGCCCCCACAAAUAUCUGAGAGGAAAGAUUUUGCUAUUAAAAGCUGGAAACAAAUGACUGGUCCAUUUCCUGGACAGUGGCGUCAAGCAUCCCAUAUUUGGAAUGCUUCUAGCCUCCAGUCUGAUUUGCAUCAACGGUUAUCAUAUGAAUUCGACAGACCUACUAACACUGAAAGAAUGAUUUCUGGAGGACGCAAUUCUAUUACAGCACAAGAGAAGAAAUUUGAAGAUCUGCCUGAGAAAUUAGGCUCUAGCAGCCUUAAUCAUGUUGCACGAGAUAGAUAUGCUAAUGGAAACACUUGUCUGGAUCCAGUUUCUGCAUUUAAUAUAUAUCAAAGAGAAGAAGGAAGUGCUGAUGGCCUCCAGGAUCGUGGCCACCUUGUUGGGGAAAAUGAUCCUCUGUCUACAAGAAAAGCAGGGAUUUCUGACCCUUGUUCAACCAGUGCUGCAGUUAAUCUCGAAAAUAAUCCGAAUUCAAGUGUAAAUUCACUCCCGUCAUCCAUUUUAAAGGAGGAUCCAUCAUCUCUGUUGAUUGGCUUGGCUGCGCAAUUUCCAUCAUCAAAUGGUGCAAAGGAUCCAUCCAGGGUUUCAACGACUCAUCCACAAAGACAAGCAGGUCCACCUUUAUCGAAACAAUUUUGCCCUCACAAUGGGAUCGACGGUGAACUACAAGCUCAAAUGCGCAAUGGAAGGCCUCGAGUUGAUCCCCGAGCACGAACACAGUUACUUCCUCGUUAUUGGCCUAGGAUAACAGAUCAAGAGCUGCAACAAAUAUCUGGAGAUUCAAACUCUGUCAUCACGCCAUUGUUCGAAAAGAUGUUAAGUGCUAGUGAUGCUGGAAGGAUUGGACGUCUAGUGCUGCCAAAAAAAUGUGCUGAGGCAUACUUCCCUGCAAUUUCUCAGCCUGAAGGACUCCCUUUAAAAGUUCAGGAUGCCAGUGGCAAAGAGUGGGUAUUUCAGUUUCGCUUCUGGCCAAACAAUAACAGUAGGAUGUAUGUCUUGGAGGGGGUUACACCAUGUAUACAGUCAAUGCAAUUACAAGCAGGCGACACAGUGACAUUUAGUCGGAUAGAUCCAGAGGGGAAGUUGGUCAUGGGAUUCCGAAAGGCUUCUAGUGUCUCUGCUGAACAGGAUACUCAGACAGGUAAAGCCGGCAAUGGUUUCUCCACUUCUACUGAUGGUCAUAACAAAAAUUCCGCUACGGAUUUGAAUGCAAAUCUCCCUCUUCGACCUCUAAAAGGAAACACAGAGUCAAGGAACUCAAUCAACACAGCAGAUCAAGCAACCUGGUCUAAAUUUGACAGAUCAGGAUUCAUCCAAAAAGAUGGGCCUACUGCCAGAUCUUCACAGGGCCCUACUAAAAGGAAAGGUAGCAACCUUGGUUCAAAGAGUAAACGUCUUCGUAUGGAAAAUGAGGACUCCAUGGAGUUGAAGGUAACAUGGGAGGAGGCUCAAGAACUGCUCCGGCCACCUCCUAAUCAUGUUCCAACUAUUGUUGUCAUUGAAGGCAUUGAAAUUGAGGAAUAUGAGGAAGCACCAGUACUUGGAAAACGUACAUACUUUACCUCAAAUCAAUCUGGUGAUAAUUAUCAAUGGGCUCAGUGUGAGGAUUGUUCUAAGUGGCGCAAACUUCCUGUUGAUGCAACUCUGCCUUUCGGAUGGACCUGUUCUGAUAAUAAGUGGGAUCCUGAAAGGUCUUCAUGCUCGUCUGCUCAGGAGUUAAGUCUAGAACAACUAGCAAAUUUGAUCCCUAUUAAAACUGGUGCUUCCAAGAGAUCCAAGGUUAAAGUAGAAGCUGACAACAUUGAAGUUUCAGAUGGGCUUGACACGCUUGCUAACCUUGCCAUUCUUGGUGAGGGAGGAGCGCUACCCACUUCCUCUCAGCCUACAACGAAGCAUCCACGCCACCGGCCUGGUUGCACCUGCAUCGUAUGCAUCCAGCCACCAAGUGGCAAGGGCCCCAAGCACAAGCAGACAUGCACAUGCAAUGUAUGUCUCACCGUCAAACGCCGUUUUAGAACACUCAUGCUGAGGCGUGAGAAGCGUCAGUCAGAGAGGGAAGCUGAGGCUGCUCGCAAGCAGCAGCAGCAGCAGCAGCAGCAGCUCAUCCAAUCACCGGAGAUGUUGCCUCCCUUGGGAAAUGAUCCAUCAUCAGCUGGUCCAAGUGUCUCGAGUUCUCCUCAGAAAGCAGUGGUGAAUAAUGAUGGGGCAGAGGAGGGAUCCGAGUGUAAAAAAACAUCACCUUCUCCUCUCAAGGCCCAGAUUGAUCUGAACAUUCAGCCGGAGCGGGAGGAAGAACCAUCACCGAAAGCAGAUGCUGGCGGGAUGAUGAAGCUCCUUAGAGAUGCUGCAUCUUAGUCAUACCGUGAAAAUUGAAAUAGAAAAGGCCUUGGUCAGAACAGACGACAAUAUGGCCAAGAUCACUGCAUAGUUUAAACUUGAUGCUGGCCCUCACAAUCUGGACCACCAGGUCUCAAUUCAAGCAAAUUCGUGUUGCAAACUGGGCAGUGGUGAGAAUGGCGACACCCUUCAGUUUAUUGUGAGUGGGCUUUGCUUCAAAUCUCACCAUUAUUCUGCUCAUCAUAGUCAUUGUCACUAUAACUUUGUUCAAACCAUCCAUCUAUUCUGGCCAGACAGCCAUGUGUUCAUAAGUUUUAGAAGUUGGUCGGGAUGCUGGUCCUGAGAUGCA